AGGUUUCCAUGAAGAUAAAUAAUUGAAAUGUGGAUAGCCUACUUGUAGCUUGGUGGUGGUUGUCAUCUGGAACCUGCUGGUGUCUGCUCCCAGUAGUUGCCGUAACGUUUGCUGCCGAGAGCCAUGAAGGUUGUACCGGAAAAGAACGCUGUCCGCAUCCUGUGGGGUAGGGAACGGGGUACCCAUGCCUUGGGUGCUCAGCGGCUCCUGCAGGAGUUGGUGGAGGAUAAAACUCGAUGGAUGAAAUGGGAGGGCAAGAAAGUUGAGUUACCAGACAGUCCACGCUCCACCUUCUUGCUGGCGUUUAGUCCAGACAGGACCCUCAUGGCUUCCACACACGUCAACCACAAUAUCUACAUCACAGAGGUGAAAACGGGCAAGUGUGUUCAUUCCUUGGUUGGGCAUCGCCGCACUCCCUGGUGUGUCACCUUCCAUCCCACCAUCCCAGGCCUCAUUGCUUCAGGAUGCCUAGAUGGGGAGGUUAGAAUCUGGGAUUUACAUGGUGGAAGUGAGAGCUGGUUCACAGAUAGCAACAAUGCCAUUGCGUCACUUGCUUUUCAUCCUACGGCUCAGCUCUUGCUGAUUGCGACUGCCAAUGAGAUACAUUUCUGGGACUGGAGUCGUCGGGAGCCUUUUGCAGUGGUGAAAACAGCCAGCGAAAUGGAGCGGGUCAGGCUGGUACGGUUUGAUCCCUUGGGACACUACUUGCUCACAGCAAUUGUUAACCCUUCUAACCAGCAGAGCGAUGAGGAAGUGGAAAUCUCCGUGGACAGCACAGAGAUGCCACAUUAUCGCCAGCGCGCUAUCCUUCCGUCUCAGCCUGUGAGGCGCACACCCCUCCUCCACAACUUCCUGCACAUGUUGUCCUCCCGCUCCUCUGGCAUACAGGUGGGAGAGCAAAACAGUGUUCAAGACUCUGCUACCCCAUCCCCUCCACCGCCUCCACCACCUCCGCCUCCAGCCAGUGAGAACACAAGGGCAUCUGUCUAUAACAGGCUCCGAGAGCGUGUCAGCUAUCCCACAGCAGAGUGCUGCCAGCACCUGGGGAUGUUGUGCCUUUGCAGCCGAUGCUCUAGUGCAAGACUUCCUUCUUCUCUCUUCCCACACCAGGAAAACGCACCCUCCACGUCUUCUGGGGCCACUGGCACUUCUUUCUCCUCUGUGCAGACAGAGCCUUACCAACCCCCAGAGCAGGCAUCCGUAGCACAGGAGGAGCAGGGGAUACUUAACAGGCCCUCUGCUUUCAGCACAGUUCAGAGCAGCACUGCUGGCAACACCCUGCGAAACCUUAGCCUGGGCCCCACACGGCGGUCCCUCAGCGGGCCCUUGGCAGGCCACCAGUCCCGGUACCAACAGUCUGCAAGAGAGAUGGCUUCGGGCUUAGGUGGGUCUGACUGGUCCAGGACAGUGCUGAACAUGAGCUCUCGGUCAGAGCUGGAAGCCAUGCCUCCCCCUAGGACCAGUGCCUCCUCCGUGAGCUUGCUGUCCGUGCUGAGGCAGCAGGAGGGAGGUUCCCAGGCGUCGGUCUAUACCUCUGCGACAGAAGGGAGGGGCUUUCUGGCCCCAGGGGCUGAGGCGGACAGUGGUAGUAGUGCUGGCCCGAGCAAUCCAGCCAGCAUCCGUAAUGAGCUCCAGUGUGAUUUGAGGCGAUUCUUCCUGGAAUAUGACCGGCUUCAGGAGUUAGAUCAGGGGAUUGGUGGGGAGCCCAGCCAGUCUCAACAGGCUCAAGAAAUGCUCAACAACAACAUUGAGCCUGAUCGGCCGGGUCCCUCCCAUCAGCAGACUCCACACAGCAGUGAAAACAAUUCCAGUCUGUCCCGGGGUCACCUGAACCGNUGUCGCGCUUGUCAUAACCUGCUGACCUUUAACAAUGACACGCUGCGCUGGGAAAGAAGCACGCCUAGCUACACACCAGGGCAGGUCCAAAGCACAUUUGAGGGUGUGCCUCCAAAUACCAGCCAGGUGCAGCCUGCAGAGAGAACCGAGGGCAGAGCUCCUGCCUCUAGCAGGCUGCAGCUGGGCAGCUCUUCCACCCCGCAGGAGGAGAGGACCGUGGGAGUGGUCUUUAACCAGGAGCCGGGGCACUGGGAAAGAUUUUACAGCCAGUCGGCUUCAAGCAGACCUGGGAAUGUAUCACAGGAGGCCUUAAACCAGGAAAUGCCUGAGGAAAGCUCAGAGGAGGAUUCGCUCAGGAGGAGGUUGCUGGAGUCUUCGCUCAUUUCAUUAUCUCGCUAUGAUGGAGCAGGGUCCCGGGAACAUCCCAUCUAUCCAGAUCCAGCCAGGGACAAUGGAGACCGAUCCAGGCACCGAGCUCCCCGGAAUGCCCGCAUGUCUGCACCAUCACUGGGGCGCUUUGUCCCAAGACGCUUCUUGCUGCCAGAGUAUUUGCCUUAUGCUGGGAUUUUCCAUGAACGGGGACAGCCUGGCUUGGCCACCCAUUCCUCUGUCAACAGGGUUUUGGCAGGUGCUGUGAUUGGGGAUGGACAGUCAGCUGUGGCCAGCAACAUUGCCAACACCACCUACAGGCUCCAGUGGUGGGACUUCACUAAAUUUGAUCUGCCUGAAAUCAGCAAUGCCUCUGUGAACGUGCUUGUUCAAAACUGCAAGAUUUACAAUGAUGCUAGCUGUGAUAUCUCUGCUGAUGGGCAGCUGCUGGCAGCCUUCAUCCCCAGCAGUCAAAGAGGCUUCCCUGAUGAGGGAAUACUGGCUGUGUAUUCUCUGGCACCCCACAACUUGGGCGAGAUGCUUUACACAAAGCGAUUUGGCCCUAAUGCCAUUUCUGUGAGCCUGUCUCCAAUGGGCAGAUACGCCCCCCGCCGUAUCCUGCUGCACCCCUCCACAGAACACAUGGUCGCUCAAGUCUUCAGGCUGCAACAGCCCCAUGGUGGAGAAACAUCUAUGAGGAGAGUUUUCAACGUUCUGUACCCAAUGGCUGCCGACCAGAGAAGACAUGUCAGCAUCAACUCUGCUCGCUGGCUGCCUGAGCCAGGCCUGGGAUUGGCAUAUGGCACCAACAAAGGGGACCUGGUGAUCUGCCGACCAGAGGCCUUAAACUCUGGAGUUGAGUACCACUGGGACCAGCUGAAUGAGAAUGUCUUCACUGUGCAUUCCAGCAGCAGGAGCACUGAGCGGCCUGGAACCAGCAGAGCCACAUGGAGGACAGACAGGGACAUGGGCCUGAUGAAUGCCAUAGGCCUGCAACCCCGAAACCCCCCCACCUCUGUGACUUCGCAGGGUACCCAGACCUUGGCGCCUCAGCUGCAGAAUGCCGAGACUCAGACAGAGAGGGAGGUACAGGAGCAGGAAUCCGCCUCUGCAGGGACUGGGGAAGGUGAAGGUCCAGAAUAUGGGGCCAGUGGAGAGGAUGCCCUGAGUAGGAUCCAGAGGCUGAUGGCAGAAGGCGGCAUGACUGCUGUGGUCCAGCGGGAGCAGAGCACCACCAUGGCGUCCAUGGGCGGCUUUGGCAACAACAUCAUUGUGAGCCACCGGAUACACCGGAGCUCUCAGACUGGUGCAGAGUCCACUGGAGCUGAGGGCACGUCAGCACAGCAGUCCACCUCACAGCAGCUGGCAGCUGAGCUGGAGGGACAGAUCCUUUCAGAGUCUAUACAGCUGUCAGAGCAUGGCCUGAGCCCGCGGACAGCCCCGAGUGGGAGUGAAGGACAAAGCGCUGGUGAUCUGGACCUGCCAGAGCAGGCCCAGUCCUCCAUGGACACUGAGGGACCAAUUGAAUACAGUGACCUAACUAAUAAUAACCAUCUUCCUGACAGUACCAACUUCUAUAGUAAUGACAGCACCAGCGGGGAGUCGCGGAACAGGUAGAGUUUGAGUCAUGUGUUGGUGCUACCCUUGUACUGCUCAGCAGAGACCUGUACCUCACAGCUGACCAGGAGCUGGAAGAGUAGGGACAUGUGGCUCUGAUGGGAUGCUGGUAGUUCAGAGGGCUUCUCUGUCCUGGGUGAGUGGGAAGGGCUAAGGACUGCAAGGGAAGCCAAGGGGAAGCAAGCAUACUUAACUUCCAACAUUCCCGCUGCUGAAGAGUUAACAGGAACAUGAACCAUACUUGGCUGCACGUCAUGCAGAUUUUGAAGCCCCAUGGGAUCCCCUGACCUCAGCCCUAACCCUGCAAUUUGGUCAGUGUCAUCCUUUGUAAAGCCUCUUUCCUUUCCACUUUCCUGCCCUUUUAUGCCCAGAGGCCGAUUCAGUAGAGUGAAGAAAGGGAAGGGGUUCUACAGCAUCCUUUUGGAGACAGGCAAUCCCACUGGGCAAACCUGGGCGUGAUGCUCCAGCUCCAUUGCUGGAGUGGAGGAGUCUUCCAGGCCACAGUCCUGCUCCAUGGCACAGCACUGCUCCCACCUCAGAGGGUGGUGUUCUGAGACCCGUCCUGCCUGCACUGUGGUCUUUUCUGGGAAGAACUGGGCUUAGUCAAAACUGGCAUGGCUCAGGAUCUGCUCACUGGUGGGGAUCUUUCCCUUUCAGAGAGUUAGUUUAGUACUUGACAGGAACGUAAGCAGAGCUGCUGUGUAGAUAGGUAGAGGGACAGGGGCUAUUGCUCUCUAGUCAGGAUGCAGUCCACACAAGGAUGUUCUAAGCUGUGCCAAUAUUAACAUGAAUGAGGCAUCCCAGGGGUUUCAUGGUGCCAGGACAGAGCUGCACCUCCUUGGCAGGGGCCAGGAAAUGGCUUUCAGCUCCAGGCCAGGGUGUGAGGUAUGAGUCUGUGAUGUAAGGUGUUGCAUGUGAAAUCUUGACCUUGUACAUGUAGUU